AUGUCCUUGGCGACCAACUCUGCACAUCACCCGCAGCGGCACGAGAAGGUGGCAGCCUUUCGCAAAGCUUUGGACACAGCAGACGGACUUCCAGCUGAGCUGAGACAAGAUCUUUGCGCCUUGCCGGCUGGAGGAGUCUACGCCGAAGGAGUGCGAAAGGCCAGGAAGCCUCGUGCCGCCAGGCUCCAAGGGCCGGCCACCACCAUGCAAAGGAGCGAAGAGCUCAGAGCGCCAUCGAGCCCCGACGUGAGGGAGUUGCUGAGUAGUGCUCAGACCCAGGAGAUUGUAUUAGAACACAUUGACAUUAGCAUGAGUAGCAUUAGCACAGACUCCAACUACACCAUGCACGUGGCCAGCGCGGAAUCCGAUGAGGCUGAAACUGAAGCGCUGCUUGGGGCUUCUUCGGCUGAGUGCCUUUGGCUUCAAGAGAUUCCUUAUGGCGUGUGUACUUGCCAUCAGGAAAAGCGCCUGGUGGUAGAUCCCUGCUUGGGUCGCUUGGAGCUCCUUUGGGCAAAGGCACGCUUGGCUUUGGUCAUUCUGUCUGGCUUUGCCUUCGUGGCCCUGCUGGGUAGACUUGGGCACAACUGGCUAGAGAUGCGAUUGGCAAAGGGCGAGAUCCCUCCAAUGGAAGCCGCCCUUUUGAUUGGAGUCGUGAUGCCUGCGGCUUUGGUGGGAUUUUUGUGUGUCUUAGAGCACACUGAAUGGCGAUAUGUGCGCACGGUCUUCCCGACCUCCGAGCCGUAUACCCCGCUCCUUCACGAGCUCCUGCCUAGGCUUCGAAGACUUUGCCGCCUGUGA